AUGAGGGAAGAGAAGAGUCAACUUCGUAGCUGCCCUCAUAACAGCUCCAUUAUUGGUGUCAUUGGAGAAGGGGUUGUCCUGCCCUGCCACGUGGUAGGAGAAGACAUCCCAGAGACAUUCUCUGUCCAGUGGGUGUUUCAUGAACCAUCACAGAAAGUCACCGUGAGCAGAUACGAUGGGAAGACCAAAAAGGAGGAUCAAGAUGAGAGAUAUGACAGCAGGACAGAGUUUUUCCACAGUGAAUUCCAAGCUGGGAACAUGUCUCUCCACUUGAAGAACCUCAGAAGCUCUGACAAAGGUUCCUACACCUGUGUGGUCUCUUUCAAUGACAGGCACCAUCGUGGGUCGAUUGAGCUGCAAGUGGCAGCUAAAGGUGGUGGCCCUUCCAUCUUCCUGAAGAGCCACACCAAGGAGGGCAUUGGCCUCACCUGCCACGCAGCUGGAUGGUUUCCUAAACCUGAGGUGGUUUGGUUGGAUGGCCAAGGACGGGUCCGGAAGGAGCUAUCGACCACCAAGAUGACCAUGAUGUCCACAGGUCUCUACAGUGUUGUCACCUCCAUGAACCUGGAGCGAGGCUCUGACAUGGAAGUUUCCUGCAGGGUGGUCAACAAUCUGCUCAACACCAUGAGUGAGUCUCGAGUCCUGAUCUCAGAUAUUUUCUUUCCCUCCAUUUCAAAACGGCUGAUUGUCUUCCUGGUGAUUUUGUGUCUUUGCCUGGUCCUGGUUUCCACCAUAUUUUCCAAGCUGAAAAGAAACCACAAGAAAAUGGUUCUCUCAGCAAAAGCAAAGGAGGAAAUGGAAGAAGAAAAAAAACAACUGGAGUCCAUUUUAGAGAGAGAAAAAACAAAAAAUCGAGCAGCCAAGUCCAGGCUCAAAAAACGCUUUGGUCCACUGAAAACAGAGCUGGAUUUCUGGGAAGCCUGGAGCCACGCAGUUCCCAUCAGGGUGAAUCCUGAGGGCCAGGUCCUGGAGCUCCAGCUGCCGGGGGUUGCAGGAGUGGAGAGCAAGACGUUGGACCCUGCUGGCCCCAACCCUCCCUGCACAGCCCCUGUCCUGCUGGGGGAGGAGGGGUUUGGGGCUGGGAAACACUACUGGGAGGUGGAGGUGGGAGAGCAGCAGGACUGGGUGCUGGGGGUGGUGAGGGAGAAGGGGAGACAGGAGGGGGAAGGGCUCCUUCCCGGGCAGGACUACUGGGCUCUGCACAAAUCCCAGGGACGGGUCUUCUCCAGGGAAGGGGAUGGCAGGGCUGGGGAGCAGCUCUGGAGUGACCCAGGGAUUGGGGUGUUGCUGGACCUGGAGGAAGGGCAGGUGAGCUUCUAUGGAACAGAGAAGAAGACCAUGAUAGUGAGGAUGUCCCUGGGGCUGGGAAAGGAACCUGCAGGAUGGUUCUACCCAUUUCUGUCCAAAGGGGAAGGGGCCCUUGCUCCUCUCAUCCACCCAGUCUCCAUCCGUGUCCCUUUGGAGAGACUGUAA